GCAAAGGUGAAAAAAAGCCACUCAGGACGUCAUGUGACGACUUCAUAUUCUCAACCCUUUAAAACAGACUGAAGAGGCCACAUUGACCAACACUAACCAGUGAAAGUUGUGACAGACAAGCAGUUUGUUUCAAUUCAUAUCUAAGUAAGAUUUUAAAGAUAAAACCAUAAAGACAUUUUUCUGCCAUUGUUAAAACACUGACCCUAAGAAGGACAAAUGGAGAAGGAAAUCAAAAUCCUCAAGGAGCAGUUGAAGUGGUGUCAAGAAACAUCUGUCGUACACCAGAAAACAUGGACAGAAACUAUUACCGAGCUAACGUCAGAAAUAGAAGAUCUUAAGCUCAAAAAUGCCAGACUCAAGGAGCAGGUUGAAGAAGGCAAAAAAAGGGAGAAGGAUCUAACUAACACCUCCCAAACAAGAGAGAAGGAGUUUAAGAACACCCUCAAGACUUUAGCGUUGGAGAGCCAGGUCAAAGAAGACACCAUCGCCGUUAAUCUGGAAUCACAGUUACAAGAACGUAAGAGAUAUCACAAAGAAACUGUGACGGAGCUGGAACAGCAGCUUCAAUUAGCCAGAGCAGAGGCUAAAACGUACCAACAGGAAUGCGCUCGGCUGGAGGAAAAUUCAUCGAAGUUACUGAAACAACAGCAAGACAAGGCACAAAAUGACAUGGCUGAAAUGAAAAGCCAACACGAAAAAGAGGUGGAAAACCUUAGAAAGGAGCUUCGUCAAGCUCAGGUUAAUUACAAAUUUGAUGUGGUGCUUUUAGAGGCACAUAUAAAAUCAAAGGAAGCCAUCGUCGAGCAGCAAAGCAGCGCAGGGCCUUUUACUGCUGAGGACCGACGUAAGUGUCGGUAUCUGGAAAGGCAGGUAAAAGAGCUGGAACAGGACUUAACAGUUCAGAAGAAGGCGCUCUUGAGUACGACUCAGGAAGUGAAGAAGUCUAAGCUCCACAUAGCAAACCUGAACGAUGAGAUUAAAGCCAACGCUUCUGAGAUCCUUCUGUUAACAAAACAAUGGCGAGAAGUGCAGGCUCAGUUUGUAAAAGAAAAGAACAAAAGCGCUUCCUUGGACUGUCAAGUUAAAGAGCUGAAGGCAAAAGUCGCGAAACUAGAAGAGGAGCAGCAGAAAAAAGAAGACAGAGAAAAAAAUAGUUCAGACGAGCUCUUGAUGCUCCAGAAAACACACAAGGAACAAACUAAGAAGCUCGAUCGUCUGAGUCUUGCACUGAAGUCCAAGGAGCCAGAGGUCACCAAGCUGAAGGAGAAGAUCAGCCACAUGGAAACGUAUCAGCUGCGUUUCAAGGAAAAGCUGCAGGACUGUGUGGAUCUAGUUAAUUAUCCAAACAAACUGAAAAAGUCAGUCCUCGGUCUGAGAGAUAUAUAUCUCACGGAUGACAUUAAAAAGAACAUGCAUGCCGCACAAUUUGGGCGGGAAUUUAAGAUGAACGAUCUCGCCAAACAGGUGGAACGUUACGAAAACGUCACCAAGGCUCAGCGAAGUCAGAUCCAACACCUGGAGGCACAAAUAGAGUGUAUGAAAACCAAUCACACGACAGAGAUGAGCAGUUUCAUUGAGAUACUCAACGAAGAGCGGAGGACGAGUCACGAGUUAACGAAAAAAGUGAAAACUCAGAGCUUACUGCUUAAAAGGGCAACAAAGUCAGAAGGUACCAGAGGGUACCAGAAGGUACCAGAAGGUACCAGAAGGUACCAGGAGGUAGGUUCCUGGUUCAAUAAGAAAGUCCUGGAGGUCGUCCCAGCUCCAGCAGAUACUGUAGAAGAGGGACCAUGACGACUCAGUGUGGAUGACCAGCUUUGCCAGCAGAAACGAUGUUGAGUGUGCCUUUAAAUUAAAGACUCAUUUACAUAAAGCCACGUGUGGAUGAUGAUUUGCCAUCAGUUGAAGAUUAAACUCGAGAUCGAGACAGCCACCAAUGUUAAAAAGACCACACACACAGACAACACAGGAUAAACGUAAGCAGCGCCAACGACAGCAUCUCAGUAAUUACUGGUUGCUGUGGGUUUACCCCGAGCACUUCGGUUUCUUCCCACACACCAAAUGACAUAACUCACUUGCCACUUGAUUAGGUACACUUGUGAGAAGGCGAGCCCACCGAUCAAAACAGUGGUGGAAGCGUCCUUUGUGUUUUAACUGAAUCAGAAUUACUUUCCGUUGCAGCAGCUCCUACUCAAAGUGUAAACCAG